AUGUUAAAAUUAAAAGAAUGGUUUUAUGUUGCGUUCUUUUAAUUUAUAUUCAUGUUCUGAUUGAUUUUCAUCGGUUUGUUUUUUUAAUGAUCAAUAUUUAAGAAAUUGUACAGCCCGAAUAGCAAAGACCAUUAUAAUAAGAUAACCGAACAAUGAUUUUCAUGUUAACAAUAAACAUCAUCGUAGUAUCACAAUAUUUAUCAAGCGCUUUAUUUUUGAAAUCACCAUGAUUUUUAAAGUCACCAUAAAGUUUGUCGUGAAUUCAAAAUACCUAAUCAUAAUUUCAAAAAAUAUCAGCAACACGGUAUCACAAUAAAUUUAUUGUAAUUAUUAUUGUUACAGUGCAAUUCGUGAUUCAAUGAAAAUCCAAACCAAAACGAACACGGUUGAAAUUUUGAUUGUUUUACGUAUAUACAAUUCAUCGUGUAGAUAUAUGUUUAUGAGCGCGCGCGAAAUGGUAGCGAAAAAUUUUGUUUGUGGGCGACAGUUUUCUUGCGAAAAUCCUGUGUACAUGCACCAUGGAGGUGAAAUCAACAGCAGUUCAGCGGCUCCUGCUACAGCAGAUAAAUCUUCCGGUGAAGGGCGGAAGAUACCAUGGAAGGUCCAAUAUAAGAAUUCCCUUGUCCCGAACUGCCUCAGGCCGGCUCAGCUUUUGGUCAACGAAAAACCCCGGUGGAGCUGAUAGGAGGACUGUUCCGCGGUUUUGUUUACAGUUGACCUUUAAAUGUUUACCUCUGGUAGAAGCUUCUCGGAAAACGGGUAUGGCAACACGCUCCCAGCAACGGUGGAGAAACAUAAAAUCUCUCGAUCAUGUUCCGGGUAGAAACGCUCCAGGCCUCAAUGCUUAUUCGUUCCCGAAGAUUCUCUUCAGUGAUCGAGCUAUUGAAAGCCCCGUCAACUCUUUCGAAUAUAAAACUACGAGCAUGGUGUCUCGGUUCCAAUGUCUGAUCCUUGCCUGCAAAACGCAUUUUGAAGUAGACUAUAUAUGGACGCCAAUUGGACUUCAACGGAUAAUCACUCCCGAAAGAUGGGUAAUUUGAUAGUGAAUGACGAAAUUUAGAAAAAUAAGCUGCUAGGCUUCUUUUCAAGAGUUGAUCAGUCGAACAUUCCUCUGGAUAGUAACAGAUAUGUAAGUUAAUAAUUCUAUUCCGUAGGUGGAUCUAACGAAAUAUUUUUAACUCGUGCUUAAAUAUGAAUAACACAAUAUAUCUUUUUCCCACAGGCUGAGCCAACUGUAUGUAACCUAGUUUUGGACUUUUUCGUUUGGCCUGACCUGAAAUGUAAUAUCGAAGACAAGCUGAAGAAAAUGCUUUUGAAGGUCAUACUCCAUUUAGUUCAGUUUGACGGAGCCAUCUCAGGGACCUAUCUACGUUCAAAGUCGGAUGAUCAAAGAAUUACUUUAUUUAUCAUAUGACAAAAGCGACCUCGAUGUGGCAAUGAACAUUAUAAAGUGUGUCUGUAAGUAUCCGUUUUUAGUAGACUUUUAAAUUUGUACUUAUUCAUACAAAAUUUGUUUUUCGCAGCAUGCCUUGUGUACAACAACAUUUUUAUGUGGACAAAUUACACUGCAUCCGAGUGUCGGAAACCAGUCAUUUGAACAACAUUUUUGGCAUCAGAAUGAUCGUUCUCUAAAAUAAAAACAGAUUAUAGAACCGAGACCAAAGAAACUGUGCUUUGAAGAUACUGUCUUGCAACAUAAUCCUACAAUGAUUACGCUGUUGAGUUCCUUGUCUCUCUGCUCAAAUUAGUUUUGCAGAUAACAUUGUCAAAUUAGUCCAGUUCCUCGUCCCGCACUGACAAUGAAGAUGGCCUGAUCAACUUUGCAACGUACUCUUCUGGAAAUCUAACCGCAAAACCAGCUGAUGUACUAAUACAAGCACAGAUUGCUUUGCAUCGUCCAACUCGAAAUCCUGCUAUCCUGCUUUCUUUUUUAUCCAAACGAAUCCCGAAGUCCAUCAGGAAGAGUGAUAGCAGUAACAUUCAAAAUCACUCGAGACAGCAAUCUAGGUUCGAUUGCGAUACAUUUAUUUUCGUAAUGACUGUCUUUCGAUUGAAAUUCGCACAACCGAAAAUUCUAAUCCACUGUUAAGUGUAUCAAAUCGGGUUUUUAUAUUGUAAUCUUCAAUUUUAUAUUCAUGUUCUUGAUUGAUUUUGAAAAUAUAUUUUACCGAUCAUUGGACUCUAUGU